CCAUCCAGCCAGAGGCCGAUGGGCAGCCAUCCGGUUGUUUUUAACGGCUACGCGGUUGUCAGGCCUCUCUGCCUCUCCUCUGCAAGCGUGCUGCUUUCCUUUUUGCUCGUCCCUUUCCUGGGAGAAGGGUGCAGAGAGAGAAUGCUGCACUCGGCCAUGAAAAGGGGCGGGGGAGCAACGGAAAGAAAUGCUCGAUACGCUCCGCCAAGGCCGAAUACACCAAGCAAUGGUAACAUCUUUAAAUGAAGAUAAUGAAAGUGUCACUGUUGAGUGGAUAGAAAAUGGAGAUACAAAAGGCAAAGAGAUUGACUUGGAAAGCAUCUUUUCGCUUAACCCUGACCUUGUACCCGAUGAAGAAAUUGAACCUAGUCCGGAAAUACCUCCACCUUCAUCAUCCUCAAAAGUGAAUAAAAUUGUGAAGAACCGAAGGACUGUGGCAUCUAUUAAGAAUGACCCUCCCCCAAGAGAUAAUAGAGUGGUUGGUUCAGCACGAGCACGGCCUAGUCAGCUUCCUGAACAGUCAUCUUCUGCACAACAGAAUGGUAGUGUUUCAGAUAUAUCUCCAGUUCAAGCUGCAAAAAAGGAAUUUGGACCUCCUUCACGUAGAAAAUCUAAUUGUGUUAAAGAAGUAGAAAAACUGCAAGAAAAACGAGAAAAAAGGAGAUUGCAACAGCAAGAACUUAGAGAAAAAAGAGCCCAGGAUGUUGAUGCUACCAAUCCAAAUUAUGAAAUUAUGUGUAUGAUCAGAGACUUCAGAGGAAGCUUGGAUUACAGACCGCUAACAACAGCUGAUCCUAUUGAUGAACAUAGGAUAUGUGUUUGUGUAAGAAAACGACCACUCAAUAAAAAAGAAACUCAAAUGAAAGAUCUUGAUGUAAUCACAAUCCCUAGUAAAGAUGUUGUGAUGGUACAUGAACCCAAACAAAAAGUAGACUUAACAAGGUACUUAGAAAAUCAAACAUUUCGUUUUGAUUAUGCCUUUGAUGACUCAGCUCCUAAUGAAAUGGUUUACAGGUUUACUGCUAGACCACUAGUGGAAACAAUAUUUGAAAGGGGAAUGGCUACGUGCUUUGCUUAUGGGCAGACUGGAAGUGGAAAAACGCAUACUAUGGGUGGUGACUUUUCAGGAAAGAAUCAGGAUUGUUCUAAGGGAAUUUAUGCAUUAGCAGCUCGAGAUGUCUUUUUAAUGCUGAAGAAGCCAAACUAUAAGAAAUUAGAACUUCAAGUAUAUGCAACAUUUUUUGAAAUUUAUAGUGGAAAGGUGUUUGACUUACUAAAUAGGAAAACAAAAUUAAGAGUACUUGAAGAUGGAAAACAGCAGGUGCAAGUGGUAGGAUUACAGGAACGAGAGGUCAGAUGUGUGGAAGAUGUACUGAAACUCAUUGACAUCGGCAACAGUUGCAGAACAUCGGGUCAAACGUCUGCAAAUGCACACUCAUCUCGGAGUCAUGCAGUGUUUCAGAUCAUUCUCAGAAGGAAGGGAAAGCUACAUGGCAAGUUUUCUCUCAUUGAUUUGGCUGGGAAUGAAAGAGGCGCUGAUACAUCAAGUGCAGAUAGGCAAACCAGGCUUGAAGGUGCUGAAAUUAAUAAAAGCCUGUUGGCACUCAAGGAGUGCAUCAGAGCCUUAGGUAGAAAUAAACCUCACACUCCUUUCCGAGCAAGUAAACUUACUCAGGUGUUGAGAGAUUCAUUCAUAGGUGAAAAUUCUCGUACUUGCAUGAUUGCCACAAUAUCUCCAGGAAUGGCAUCUUGUGAAAAUACUCUUAAUACGUUAAGAUAUGCAAAUAGAGUAAAGGAGUUUGGAAUUAGUCCUUCAGACAUUCCCUUCUCCCAGAGUAGUGGCAGUCGCCCUGAUCUCUCUCCUUCUUACGAUUAUGACGACUUUUCUCCUUCGAUUACCAGGGUGAAAGAAUUGACUGUAGAUCCAACUGCUACUGGUGAUGUCCGUCCAAUAAUGCACCAUCCACCAAGCCAGAUUGAUGACUUAGAGACACAGUGGGGUGUGGGGAGUUCCCCUCAGAGAGAUGAUCUAAAACUUCUUUGUGAACAAAAUGAAGAAGAAGUUUCUCCACAACUAUUUACUUUCCACGAAGCUGUCUCCCAGAUGGUAGAAAUGGAAGAACAGGUUGUAGAGGAUCACAGAGCAGUGUUCCAGGAAUCCAUUCGCUGGAUAGAAGAUGAAAAGGCUCUCCUAGAGAUGACUGAAGAAGUAGACUAUGAUGUGGACUCAUAUGCUACACAACUUGAAGCUAUUCUUGAGCAGAAAAUAGACAUUUUAACUGAGCUACGAGAUAAAGUGAAAUCUUUUCGUGCAGCGCUACAAGAAGAAGAGCAGGCAAGCAAGCAAAUUAACCCCAAGAGACCCAGAGCCCUCUAAAAUUGGUAUUUGCUACUAAAGGAUCCCCAGAAUCCCCAAUACUGUAACAAAUGGUGGUCUAAUCGUAAAGGCCACUUGAACGCUUUUUGAAAUAUUUAAGUGUGUGGAAAUAUCUUGUCCUUCAUCCGAAUGACAUUUCAAUUUUGUGAAACACUCCUUUGUCUACAGAAUGCUUCUAGUCUAAGAGGCACAACUAACAAUUGGGAUUAGUGAAGUAUUUUGUUUCAUUUACCCAAAUAGUGAUUGCUUUUGGAUAUCCUUGCCAAUUUUAUUUAAAGAUUGUGGAAGUAAUCCAGAAGUGGAGAGUAUGGGAAGCCACAAAAUUUCCUUCAACUCAGAUCCAUUUUCUUAGCCAGACUGAGCAAUUUUGAAUACUUUGCGUGCAUGCAUACCUCAUCAGUGAUUGUACAUACCUUGCCUACACGCCUAGAGACAGCUGUGUUCACUCCUCCUUCUCUGUGCCUUGACUAAGGCUAUUGACCCUAGAUUUCUGAAGCACAGCCAAGAUAAAUUACAUUCCUUAUUUGUAACUGUAAAUUACCUUUAUUGUGUGUACAUUUUUACUGUAUUUGAAACUUUUUUUUGUGUGUGUGACUAGUUAAUUUUACAGUAUGUGCCAUAGCAAUUGAACGGAACUAAAGUCUGUGACAGUUGACAUAGCUGCUGGACCAUUCCAUCUUAUAUGUAAAGAAAUCUGGAAUUAUGAUUUUAAUACCAUGACAUGUGAUUAUAAUUUUCUUAGCAUUUUCUUUGUAAAAAACUAAAAUAUAAACUAGUUGGUGUAUAAUAAAAACUAAAGAAAUUCUGAGAAGAGUUUUAUCUUAGGAUAAUACAUAUAUAUGCAGUGUGUGUGCCAGUGGUGUUAACAAGACUAAUAGUAUAAUUUGAUCCUUAACAAUGCCAUUAUUUAAGUUGAAGUGUUUCCUAGCACUCCAAAUUUAAUGUACUGUUAAGGGAAUUUGGCUUCUGAUGCAUGAACAUUUGUAUGUACAUUGAAAGUAGUCCAUAAUACAAGUUAGAUAAACAAGCGUAGAUGGUAUGUAACCCCAAGAAGUGUCAAUGCCUUACAGGGCAGGUCAUAGCAAGCUCCAUCAAUAUCUAGUAUGAGAUGGUUUACCAUUUGAUGAGAAUCACAUCUCACGAAUAGAUUGGUAGUAAGGAAAGCUACUCUUUAAAUGGCGGCGCUCAUUUUUACAGCUGCUAUUCUAAAAAAGAAAACUGGCCAAUUUUCAUGUAAAUACUGUUUAAAGAUUUAUACAUACAUACAUAUAUAUAUACAUAUAUACACACAUCUCUAUGAGUUUUCCCUUGGUUCCCAGUAUAUAGUCCAGUAGGUUAACCAAAGAACCUCCCAUGUUUCUCUUGAUUAGGGAACCUACUGCUUCACUCGGUGAACCAAGGGCAAAUCUAUGAAUAGAGUCAAUGAGCCAGAGUCUUUACUUCCCUGAUCUUAAAUGAGAGGAUAGCUGAGGAGUCCUAACACCGUGGUGAAAAGCUCUGUAAACAUGAAAUCUAAAUCAAAUGUAGAUUUUUCACAAUAUGCUUAUUAAUAAAUGAAAUCUAUGAAACAAAUUUAGAAAUAAUGUACUUUAAUAUAUUCACCUUUGUUUUGGAAGGAACUCAGGUUUUCUUGCAGUUGUAAGAUGUAUUCUAUUUGUGUCUGUUUCAAAGACGAGAGGAAGAAUGAAGAACUAUUUCUAUUGACCUUGCAGAGGCUGUUAAAAAGGUAACUUUUGCCAGGCAUGGUGGCGCAUGCCUUUAGUCCCAGUACUCAAGAGGCAGAGGUAGGUGGAUGUCUGAGUUCAAGGCCAGCCUGGUCUACAUAGUGAGUUCCAGAGCUAUGUAGAAAGACCGUGUCACCAGUAAAAGGGUAAUUUUUUGUGAACGCCUCAUGUAAUAGGCAGUAAACACAAACUUGCUCAUUAAGCACAACAGUUUAGCUUUAAUGUUAUUGGCACUGGACAGGUGCUAUCUUUGGAGGGUCUUUAUAGAUACAUUCUGCCUUAUGCUGGUUUCAUCUUAAUCUGUAGUCAAAGUAUUUGAAAACUAGUACCAUCAAACAUCUUGCGAGGUAAAAUAUGAUUAUUAUAUGGGAAACUGAAGACCAUUAAAGGGGACUGGACUAAAUAAAGGUCAGCAGUUGGUAAGUACAGGGAAAGAAGCUGAGAAAGCCUAGUUAAGUGGAAUUGUGUCUCUAAAGGUGGAGAUGUUACAUACAAGAACUCUGCAAAGCAGUUCUGUGACAUUAAAGAUAAUUAACCCUUAAGAAUAGUCUGUGUAACAAAAGUAGCUUUUGCAGCUAAGAAACUUUUUGUUUUAGACAAAAUAGCACUUUGUCAAGCUUAAAAGCUGCUAUACAUAUUUUAACUAUUGACAGCUAACGACUCAAAAUCAUAACAUUUACUUCAUGACUUUGAAGCCAGAUUUUGGGGAAAAAAUAUCUGUGUAGGCAAACAACUUAUAUUCUUAAGUUUACAUAGCAUCCUUAGCUAAAUCAAUUGGAAACACUCCUUUUGGUACAAAGACAGCCAAAUAUCUAAUGAAGAUAGUUUAAUUUCCUUAUAUAAAUAAAACAGCCAAUUUAUUAAAAUAUAUAAACAGCAUUUAUCUUCAGUCUAACAAAUUUUAAAUUACUUAAAAAGAAGUACCAGGUACUAGAAUUUUAAAUAUCCAGAAGUAAGGAAUCACACCAGGAGCCUGUAGUUGUGUGAGAAUUGAAACUGGAAAACUUGAAGCUACACACAGUGGUACACAAGUGUAAUCCCAGCAUUUAGAAGGCUCAGGCAAGAUUUUUUUUAGGUCAACCUCAAAAAAAAAAAAAAAAAAAGAACAACAAAAAAGACCCUCUCACCCAUGAAAGAAAAGAAAAUCACUAAAUUAAUAAACCCCAUUUGAUUUACAAACCCUUCUGGGAUUUUUCUAAAUCUGAAAUUGGUAGAUCUUGUCUCCCCCAAGAAAACAGAGACAUGACAUGAUUUUAUUAGUUUCAUUUCAUAGGUAGAGUCAGAGAGCAUGCCUGCACUGUGUUGCCGCAGACUCCUGCUUACCCAGAUAGGCAAUCUUGUCUGUGUUGCAACAGCUCAUCUAACAAAGAAGGCAUUAACACAUGGAAGCUAUUAUAGAUGAGGAGGAUAUGUAAAAGAAAGUUGUAUGAAGUAACUUGCUGUACAUGUGAAUGAGGAUUUGUGACUGAGCUGCAGGCCUAAAAUAAGCCUUCCAGUGAAUAAAAAUGUAACAUCUUUAUACAGCAAAUUAUUAGAAAGUUUAAAUGGUUGUGCGCAUCUGCGGCUUUUGAACUUGGAAACCAUUAUGUAUGUUGAACCUUGUCCUUUGCAGUAUAUUUAAAACACUUAAAAACAAAAAUAAUACAUAGAGUCAACCACUUUUAAUAUACAGGAUAAUAUUAGGAAUGUAUAAUGUCAUUUUUUUCUUGGUCUUGAGAAAAAUUGUUUUCAAAUGGCUAGGAAAAGUGGAUACCUUCUGCAUUGAAUCCAUGUAGCAACCUGAAGGGGGAAAAAAUGGAAAAUGAAUGGUGUUACAAAAAAGCCCAACUUUUGAUACAUAACGUACCUUUAAUACAUAAACACAUCAACAUACUUACACACUAUUCCUAGUGCUAGUUACUCUCCAAGUAAAUUGGCAAAAUAUACGGUGUCAUGUUUAUGUCUUGUUGUAACCUACUGUUUGACUGAAAUUAUAAAGACUUGCUAUCCCAGACCUCGCUCUCUAUUUCAGCUGACCAGUUAAAAAAGAAAUUAGCUGGCAUUUGAGGCAAAGUGAGAUGAAUAAUCUCUUCCUAUUCUCUGAACUCUUACUGAAGUUUAAUAAAAUAUACAUUACUUCCUUGUUGAUAUUAUGUGCUUAUCUGACUUAUGUUAGAAAGUAGUACCCUGAGGGAGUUAAGAAGGAAGUUUAAAAUACAAUGUAUUUGGACCUGAGUUUACUUUUCAGGAUGGCCUGUAUGGAUUAAAAUGUCUGGAAGAGCAUUCAGCUAUUAGGGUUAACAGUCAGUGAAGACUCAGUAAUCCUGCUAACCAGACAAAACAAUUUCUUCAGUACUCUAUCUUCAUCCUUUUAAAUUCAGUCUCUGGAAUACUGCUGCUUUAACAGUAAACUGGCCAGACGUGGAAUACAUCCUAUCCUAGAGGAGUACUUAUCUAGCAUAUGUAGGCCUCAGAAUGCAGUUGUCAGCAAUGUAAAAAAAUAAACAGAAUGUCCAGGAACUUCUGGAAGUGUUAGUAAAAACAAGUUAGUACAAUUGGGUAAUGAACUGAAACUUGCUUAGUACAAAGUAAAACAAAUUUUGGUCCCAAUUGCCAAAUAAUUGGUGCCCUUUAACUUAAUAGGUGCAGAAUUUGCCUUAGGCUACGUCUGUUAUUAAAUGAAUAAUCAGAUGUGGUUAUAACUAUUUCAUGCUUGUCAUCUGUUUAACAGUAGCUAUUCUAAAGUAAGGGAAUAAUGGGUCAUCAAAUCAAUUACAUGUGUUAAAAUGAUUUUUCUACCUUACAGACUAUUUGUAGGGUAAGCAUAAACUAUUAAGAUAAUGAGUUUGAGGUUGGAGCAGGAGGAAGGAAACACACAAGGCACACAUACAUCCAGGCUACUUCUGGCGCAGACUGUUCUUUACUACCAAUCUUAAUACAUUCAUUCUGCUGCAGCCGCCUAGCUGCCAUCCUUCACCCCAGUGGUUCUCAACCUGUGGGUUGUAACCCCCUUGAGAGGGUGUCAAAUGACCUUUUUAGUGGGGUCGCCUAAGACCAUUGGAAAAUACAGAUAUUGCAAAAGUAGAAAUGAAAAUAAUUUUAUGGCUGGGGUCACCACAACACAAAGAACUAUUAAAGGGUCACAGCGUUAGGAAGGUUGAGAACCACUGCUCUACACCAAAUACUGUUCCACGCUAUGGAAAUACUAUGCAAUAACUCUCCCAGGUAGCACCUUAUGCCACUUAAAAGUCUUGAAGUCUCUAAUCUUAAAAUACCACAGUAAAGAAAUGUCAACAUUUAGAACAACAACAAAUGUAAUUACCUGAUAAAGUCAUCUAUGUCCAUGGAACGGGCCCGUUUGUCACUAAAACCUGUGCUGGUUAGGAUUUGCUGUAUUUUAUCUGCUAUACUGAAAUCUUCUGGUAUUACCUAUCAAUAUAAGAUUCAGAAUAAAUGAACAACAUCUUUAAUGAA